UUAUUCUUUUUUAAAAAAAUAAGACACCUUAAAAUCAAAGGAAUUAAAGAAAUCGUAGCUCUUGCGCCUACACUAUACAAGAUUUAUUUUAAGGUUUUCAGCGAAGCAAAUGAUUUAGUUUUAAAUGAGGAGUUAAAAAAAAUGAAUUUAGUGGUAUUUAUACCAAAAGACUAUGUGGAAUCCUAUAGAGUAAUUAAAGGGGUGCCCCUCGGUUUUUCUGAGAAUGAAAUUAUGGAUAAUAUUACUUCUAACAUAAAAAUUAGGUCAAUUGAAAGAUUAGCAAGAAGGCAGAAAAUUACAACCGAUGACAACAACGAAACAUUCAAGCUCAUACCAUUAGAAACAGUCAAAAUUGGUUUUGAGGGUUCAGACAUCCCAGAAAAGGUAUCUCUUUUUGGGAUAUGUGGGAUGAAAGUAAGCAUAUAUGUUCCCAGAGUAAGGCAAUGUUAUAAUUGUGGCAGACUUGGUCACACUUCGACCAGAUGCAAAUCAGCUAGGAGGUGCUAUAAAUGCGGAGUCGAGGAGUGCAAUGGUCUCAAAUGUAUCCUUUGCAAUGGGAAAAAUCACUCAGCUAGGGACAGACUGAUGUGCCCAGUAUGGGAAAAGGAGAUGGACAUUAACAAAAUAAUGACAAUCAAAAAAAUCGCGAGUAAGGAAGUGCUUAGCACUUACUCAAUCCAUCAAAAUUUUUCGCUGUUAGAUAAUUAUGAAAAAAACUAUCCAAAACUAGAUAUAAAUGAGGAAAAUGUUCAAAACAAAAACGUUAAGGCAAAUGAAGUUUUAAAAAAACACAGUUAUGCGAGCAGGUUAGUGCAGAGACGUUUGGUUCCUGCACAAAAACCCCACUAUCACUUAGAAUCAUAUACCAGCGAUUCUAGUAAUCACGUACCAUUUUUUGAAAACAAAGAACUAAAAGAAAACAAAUUGACCAUUCAACAGAUGGUUGACAUGUUGUCUCGUUUAGUCGACUCAAAUGAUGUGUCACAUCCAUCAAAAAAAGUGACCAGUACAAAUGAUUACAAUAUGGAACAUAAUGCAGACAGAAAAAUGAACAAACAGAGAGAAACGAACCUUUUUAAAACAUCUAAAUAAAUAUGAAAUUUUUACAACAUAACAUUCAAUCUAUUAAAGCCAAUAAAAACGACCUAGUAUUCUACUUAAACAAUGAAAA